AUGAAUGGGUUGUUUGCCUUCAAAGGUUUAGAAACAAUGGUUUUAUUCGAAUCCGUUGCUCUUGAAAGCAUUGGUGCUAAAGUUAUCCAUAGAGGUGAGUUUCUUGCUGAGUUAUUUGUCAAGUUGUUGUGUAUUCGAAGUUACGCUGUCGCAUCGGUGAGAUCGGAUGACGGUGGCAUCGACAUUAUAUGUGAAGUUGCCACGACACGAUUUAUUGUCCAAUGUCGCCCGAUUGUAGAUGAGUUGCUUGGUGUGCUUACUCGAACCAAGCAACCAAAAGGGACCAUUGGUAUCAUAGUGGGCCCCUCUAUGGAUAACCUUACCCCCGGUGCAAUAAGUGCGGCAUUAGAGAUAGCGAAACCAUCGGAACUAUUUACAUAUCCUAUAAUUGUAACAGAUCCAGACCGAUUACUCAAAUAUAUGAUUAAUGCGGUUCUUGAUAAGUUACAUGAAUCAGAUGAGACAGAUCGGAAACAGUCAAAAGAGUCAAUUAUAACAGAUAUCCGGCAAACGAUUGGAUCUACUUAUGGAGGCAAUUACAAACUACGAUGGGUACAGCAACCUCGUUCAGUUUUUGUUGUUAAAAAACCAUCAAGCGAAUCAACGGAGAAAGCGUUUGUGGAAUUAAUAAGUUGGCUGCACGAUAAAUAUCCUCAACUUAAUAUAAUAAUUGAACAAGAAACUACGAAAGAGUUUCAAAAUAAACUACCGUUUGUAUACAUUAUACCCGAAGGGCAAAAAGAUGAAUAUACACGAGUCGUAGAUUUUGUUGUUACCCUGGGAGGUGACGGUACAAUAUUACAUGUGUCUUCACAAUUCGAUCAUUCCGUUCCACCCAUUAUCUCGUUCUCAAUGGGGACGCUUGGCUUCUUAUUACCAUUUCAUAUUCGACAGUAUGAGUCGGCAUUGGAGUCUUUGAUCAAGGGUGACGUCUCUUUGUUACUAAGAAUGAGGUUGAUGUGCUCAAUGUGGAACGCAGAAAGAAAAAGGAUUGUGUGGAAUGAUAAAGAAAUUGGUAUUCUCGGAAAUUUACAAGCUAUGAAUGAAGUAAACUUACACAGAGGGCGAUUUCCGCAUUUGACAGCAAUUAAUUGUUUUGUUGAUGAACAAUUCCUAACCAAUGCAGUGGCGGACGGCCUGAUCACUGCUACACCCACAGGCUCAACUGCAUAUUCAUUAUCAGCUGGUGGUCCAAUAAUACAUCCAUCUGUACAAAGUAUUCUAUUAACACCAAUAUGUCCACGGUCAUUGUCAUUCCGGCCAAUUUCAUUACCACCAACCGCAAAAAUCAAGAUGAAGAUUAGUGAGGAAAGUCGUGCACCGUUAGAGGUAACAGUUGACGGUAGAGUGGAAAUGUCACCUUAUCCAAUUCCGUGUGUUAACCGCGUUGGUGAGGGCGUGGAUUGGGUUAAAGACAUUAAUGAGUUACUAAAAUGGAAUCAAAAUUUUGUAAAUAAGCAGCUACUUACUCAUUGGUGGUAA